CAUUUUUCCCGCCGUCUAUCAAAGUGCACCCCCCCUUACCUAUCUUCCCGCAGACGCCAUAGCCAUUCCCAUCUGAAUCCCGCUGACCACCUCAUCCCCUACCCUUCCCUCUUCCAUCCCCGUGCGCGGAUCCGUGCCCGUUCUGAACUUGCGUCCAAUAGCCCAGAAGUUCCCACCCCCACUCCGCCGUAUCGUGCCCGCCCCCGCCAAAAUGCGGAGCGCAAUCCGGAUCGGCGCCUUCCGGGGCCUCCCGUCGCUCAACUCGGCUCCGCUCCGCCCCGGUGCCAAUGGCCUCCGGAACCAUGUGCCGCGCCGGCUGUUAGUGCCCCCAUCGGCUGCCUUACAUUCGAAAUCCCCCGACUGCUCCGAAGCCUUGGCCCCGGCUGCCAAGCUUCCCGAAGCCGAGUCGGUGCCGGCAGUGACGCCCCGGGAGCGCAUCUCCAUUGCCGACAUCAAGGAGCGGCGGGCCAAAGCCGGGCGGCUCAUUGCGCCGACAGCGGCGUACAGCGAUGCUGACAUGUUCAAGGCGCCAACGACCGGAAAGCCCAAAGCCAAACGCUGGGACCACUACCUGACCGAAGAAUCCCUCUCCCGGGAGCCUUGCAAGCUCAAACAAGCCGCCAAGCACCUCAAGACCCCCGGCCUCAUCUCCCUCGGCGGCGGCCUCCCCUGCCCGGAGUACUUCCCCAUCUCCUCCCUGACUCUGCACGUGGCCACGCCUCCGGACUUCUCCGAGGCCGCCACGCUCGAAGGAGGGGGCGAGGACAUCACGAUCGGCAAGUACGACGCCGGCUUCUCUAAGCCCUCGACCACGUCCAGCCCGUCGACGGCGCCCGGGACGGGGGAGCCCAAGUCGGAAUACGACCUCUCGAUCGCGCUCAACUACGCGCAGGCGUCCGGGUCGGCGCAGAUGACGCGCUUCGUGACGGAGCACGUCGAGCUGGUGGGCGUGCCGCCCUACGCGGACUGGCGGACGUGCCUGACGGUCGGCAGCACGGGCGCGCUCGAGCAGGCGCUGCGCAUGCUGCUGCGCGCCGGCGACACCCUCGUCAUCGAGGAGUUCUCCUUCUCGACCGCGCUCGAGACGGCCGCCCCGCUCGGCGUCGGAUUCGCCGGCGCCCCCGUGGACGAGGAAGGCCUGCUACCGGACGGGCUCGACGCCCUCCUCACCGGCUGGGACGCCGCCGGGCGGGGGCGCGGGGGCGGGAGGAGGAAGCCGCACGUGCUGUACACGGUGCCGUCCGGGCAGAACCCGACGGGGGCGACGCAGAGCGAGCGGCGGCGGCGCGACAUCUACGAGGUCGCCCGGCGGCACGACCUCUUCAUCAUCGAGGACGAGCCGUACUACUACCUGCAGAUGCACGAAGGGCCGGCGCCCCCGCCGCGGACCGUCGACGACUUCCUCGACCGGUUGAUCCCGACCUACCUGAGCAUGGACGUGGACGGGCGCGUGCUCCGCAUGGACUCCUUCUCCAAGGUGGUGGUGCCCGGCUCCCGGAUGGGCUGGAUCACGGCGCCCGAGCAGAUCGUCGAGCGCUUCAUCCGCCACUCCGAGGUCGCCAACCAGGGGCCCAGCGGCUUCUCCCAGGUCAUCCUGCACAAGCUGCUCGACGAGCGCUGGGGCCACGAGGGCUACAUGCGCUGGCUCAUGAACCUGCGCCUCGAGUACACCAAGCGCCGCGACGUCAUGGCCGCCGCCUGCGACGAGUUCCUGCCCAAGGAGGUGGUCAGCUGGAACCCGCCCAAGGCGGGCAUGUUUCAAUGGCUCAAGGUCAACCACGAGCUGCACCCGCACGCAUCGACCAAGAGCAUCCUGGACAUGGAGGAGGAGAUCUUCGACAGGUGCAUCGCGAAGGGCGUCCUCGUGGCCCGCGGGUCCUGGUUCCGCGCCGAGCAGGACAAGCCCCCGUCCGGGCUGUACUUCCGGACCACGUUUGCUGCCGCCUCGCCGGACAACAUGAGGGAGGCCAUCAGGCGGCUGGGAGAGGCAAUUAGGGAGAGCUACCGGAUGUAAAAUUUCAAGAUG